UGGCGGUCGGUUAGUUGCUUGGCUUGCCAGUUGCUCUUAUUGUUGUUGCUGCCGAGGUUUUCUUACUUGGCUGGUUCUCUCUCCCUCUCUCGCUACUCGCUGUGCUUCGCUCUGUGCUCUCCCAAUCUGCGCUCUCUUUGCUUGGGCGACGACGACGACUGCGCGUUCGGCAAUGUUGGAUUAGUCUUCGAGAGUUGAUCGUAGCUGACGCACCUGCGCGCGGAUCGUGCAUCGUUGAACACACAGUGCAAUUGUAAAUCAUCAGAAAAAGUUCAAACACAAAAGUGCCUAAAGAAAGAUAAAAGUAAAGCGAAAAAAAACUAAAUAAACUAAAAGUUGCUCAAAAUAUAAAAGAAAAUACCUGGAAUAUACUGGCCAAGCCGAGCUUGAAAGAGCCUCAGGCGCUCUUCGCACAGCCAUCAAAAUUGUUUACAGCUGAAGGUCUGAUGGCAUGUGAGUAGGCGCUUGCGCUGAAUAUGCCCACGGAUAACACAGCCAGCGAGGGCGGAGGCGCCAUACCGAUGUUGCGCGCCUCACGCAUGGAUCAGUUCAUGUCGACGGUAGCCGCUGUGGCUGCUGCGGCAAGUGGCGGCGGCGCCGGCGGAGCUGGAGCCGGCAAUGCGGAUGGCUCCGGCAGCGCCGGCGACUCACGCAACUCCUCAGCUAGCAGGAUCUCGGCAGCGGCUGCUGCCUACGAAACACAGCUGGCCUAUCAGCAGCAUUUGGCCUCGUCGGGUCUGCAUGGCGGGCCGCCGCAUCAUCGCGAGAUAUCGGCCUUUGUGCCGGUGCUGCCGACGCGGCAGGCACUGGAGGCGAAGGCGCGCGCUGGCAGCAACUCCAACUACGAGAUCAUCGCCAUGAUGGCCGACAAGCGCAAGGAGCUGGCGCUACGCGAGGCAGCCGCCGCUGCCGCCAUGCUGGGGCGGGCCGGGCCGCCGGGCGUGCCGCCGCCAGGUGUGCCGCCACCAGGUGUGCUCUAUGGGCCGCCACCACCACCGCCAUAUCUGACCGGACCGGGCCCAUCGCCCACAGGCGCCGGCAGCUUUCCCUUUCCGCCCGGAGCAGCGACCGCUGCGGCGCUGUUUCCGCCGGGCCUCGGACCGGGCAUGCACGCCGGCCUGGACAGGCGGCUGCUGCGCGCACCUGGCCGCGCCUCGCGGCCCAAGAAGCAAUUCAUCUGCAAAUUCUGCAAUCGCCAGUUCACCAAGUCCUACAAUCUGCUGAUACACGAGCGCACGCACACGGACGAGCGACCCUAUUCCUGUGAUAUUUGCGGCAAGGCUUUCAGGCGACAGGAUCACCUGAGGGAUCACAGGUACAUACACUCGAAGGAGAAGCCAUUCAAGUGCACCGAGUGCGGCAAGGGCUUCUGCCAGUCGCGCACCCUCGCCGUGCACAAGAUUCUGCACAUGGAGGAGUCGCCGCACAAGUGUCCCGUGUGCAGUCGCAGCUUUAAUCAGCGCUCGAAUUUGAAGACCCAUCUGCUCACCCACACCGAUCACAAGCCCUACGAGUGCUCGUCCUGCGGCAAGGUCUUUCGGCGCAACUGCGAUCUGCGGCGUCAUGCGCUGACCCACGCUGUGGGCGAGGUGAACAGCGCUGACUAUGUGGACGUCGGCGAGGAGGAUGAGGCCAGGCAACUCAGCGGCGAUGAGGAGGAUUCGCUGCUAGAAGUCGACUCGCCACGCCAGUCGCCAGUGCACAAUCUGAGCGAGAAGUCCGACAAGGAUGAGGCGGAGCGCAUGCGCCUGAAGCGCAAGGCCACCAACAGCAGCAGCGCCAGCUACGAGCACGAGGAUAGCGAGGAGGAGUUCGACGACUUCGACGAGGAGGAGGAGCUGCAUGAAGCCGGUGCCUUGGAUUUGGCUGAGGAUGAGGAACUGGAAACGGAGACCGAGGAGGAGAAGGCCGAAGUGGCGCUGGUGGCACGCUUCAAGGCAGGCCAAGCAGCCGCCGCUGCCGGCAGCACAUCCAAGCCGGAGCGCCAGGGCGUCACCCAUUGCCAUCACGAGGGCGGCGAGACCUACACCAUGCGGCCACACGGCGAGCGGCAGCUCGAGGAGCCACCGCCGCCACAUGCAACGGCAGCUGCACCACCUACAACGUUUAUGCCCGGCUUGCGCUAUGCACCACCGCCAGCUGGAGCAGCUGCACCACCUGGCCCACCACAUCAUGCCCACUUGCUGCCGCCGGUCAACGGGGAUCCCUAUUUGCCCAUGCUGCACGUGCGUCGCGAUCUGCACCACAAGACGCUGAACCUCAGCAAGACGACGCCCGCGUCCGCCACACCACCCAGCAUUGUGACCGGCGGCAGCGCCACGGAGCCAGCCAGGCCGCCAUCGCAGCCGCUGCACUCGCCGCACGAGGCAAUGCCCAGUUUCCUGGGCUCCAUUCCGGUGCGCAAGCGCAUUUUGCCACCGCCGCCGCCGCUGGUGGAUCUGGUGGAGCAUCAGCGUUCGUAUCUGGAGAGCUCGAGCAUCUAUGCGCUGAACAUGUCACGGCAUCCGCCCAGGCAGCUGCUCUGCAAGCCAAGUGCAACGGAGACUUGUGCAGCGCCCGAGAAGGAGCCGGCAGCGGCUGCAGCACCGCCUGCACCGCAGCCGGCACCACCAGCAUCAGCUGUACCGCCAGCUGCGGUGCCAGCUCCAGCACCACCCAGACGCACGGGCUUCAGCAUUGAGGACAUCAUGAGGCGCUGAGCGGGAGCAUUUUAAUUUUUUUAGCACAUUAAGCAGGAAUUCUUGCCUGAUCUAAAGCAGGCCGAGCGCUAUUUAGCCAUAAGUGCACUUUUAGUACAUUUUAGUACAAUGCCUGUAGGCAAGGCAAUAAGAAAAUACUUUAAUUAAGCAUACAUCAUUUUUAGUACACUUAUAUUGUUUAGACCAUAAGCUUAAGAAGUGCCACAAGCUGUUGUUGCAUUUGAAGCAUUGUGCUUUUAGUACACUUUAGUACACAUUCCAUAAAGAUCAGCUGCUAGUUUAGUGUUUUAGUACAUUUAGUACACCUAACGUUAGCUUAGCCUAGUACGUACUCUUAGUACAUGAUCUAAAUUUCGCCUAGUUAUACACAUAAUUGAUACGAGAGUCUAUUCGCUAAUUUAGAUCCAACUAGUUUAGACCCAACACUAAGUGUUGUUUUUGUUUCUCCUUCUGAACUAGUUUUGUAAUUAAAAGAAGAAAAAACACACAAUACUAAAUAAUUGUAUACAACUUUUUAAUUUAUAUUUAAUUUGUAAGAUAAUCUUGAAUGCAAAAUCUUGUUUCAAGAUCUACGCUGAGGGAAAUAAAGGUUGAAAGUAAAAGUAAAGCUUAGAAAUACGAGAGACUAAAAAUGAAGAGAGAAGAAAUAAAACCAACACGCGAGCUGCGGCCGUAGAAUGGCAGUUAAAUUUUUAUAGGCUUAGUCGAUGAUAGAGAUCUUAGGUUUUUAGUUUCAUAGAUUUUUAGUACAGCCUUCUAGCAUUCCAUGGUCUUCCUUGAAUUUUAAAUGACUUUGAAACACACACAAUCCA